AAGCCAGCCCCGGCGAAGGACGAGCCGGCCAACGAGCCCCCGGUGAAGGCAAAACCCGUGAGGAAGCCAAAGGAAGCAGUCAUCUUCACGAGUCUCGGUCGUGAUGAUGCCACUCUCCCGGUGGAUGUGACGUUCGAGGGCGAAGCUACGCAGGCCAAGUUGCGCAAGACCGGCGGAUACUACCACAACAUGCGCCUGGUUGCUCCCAGCGCGUUCGAGCUUGUGAAGGCGGUCAUCAUCAAAGACGGCGAGCACGCAGGCCUACAAGCGAUCCUCAUCCGCCCCGCCAAAGCUUUCCGCUUCCUCGAGCUCCCCAAAGAGGCUCGCGCGCGCGUCUACAAGUUCUACUUCGCGCCCGAAGGCGUCGUCAAUGCUGAAAUCUCACUCAACGACAAGCGCAAAGGCGACGCCAAAGACGUCUUCGCCAAGAACUACUCCGACGGCAACAAGAACCGCGCCACCAUCCUGGCAGUCAACAAAGAGAUUCACGACGAAGCGACGCCCAUCCUCUACGCCCACACUCUCCGCUUCGAGAGCACCACCACGCUCGUUGAUUAUCUCAGUCAAGCCCCGACGCCCAUCGACUCCGGCCUGUACUCGCACGACACCAUCGAUCCCGUCAAAGCGGCCAAAGCCUUCUACGCAGAUGCGCACAAAUUCCUCGAGGCGGUGAAUGCGAAAGCGGGCAACAAGCGCGCGGGCGUUGAUGCCUUGACCUUCGGCCCGAUGGCCCUGGUGGAGAAGGAGAAAGGGGGCAAGUCGAAGGCCUGGCGUCGCGAGCUGGUGGAGGAGUUCAAGGAAUGCUUGAGGGCCAAGAUGCUGUAA